CUACGCAUUCGCAAGUCGAUUAGUCGUGCCGCGGACGGCGCACAAACUGCUCCGAUUAUAUUACAUUAUAUUUACAUCGUGGCUUUUCCAAGACGGCGUCAUAGUUCUGAUUGAGCGGGGCCAAGGAAGAAAAAACUCGAAACAAUGCCACAAAACGGCGACAACAAUCACGAGAGCACCGGCGGCGGCUGCAGGCUGAGGCGCACCAAAAGCGUCACCAGAGCCGAGGAGAUUGCCAAGGCCGAGAUGCGAGUGCGUAGGUCUCAGCCCGAUAAACCGUGCCAUCGCCCGAGAGAUAGUCUCUUUUCAUGGAGUUCGGGCUUCGACAACUUUACGGGAUUCGUCAACUGGGGUUUCCUACUACUCGGCAUUGGCGGAAUUCGUCUUUUAUUGGAGAACUUUAUAAAGUACGGCAUUAGAGUAGACCCGAGGCAGUGGUUCUUCUUUCUCACCGGCAAGAACGACGUCAGCAAGGAGCAUCCCUCCGUUUUACUCAUUCUCUAUUCAACGGUGCCGAUAACGCUAUGUCUACUAAUCGAGAAGGGUCUAGCAAUGGAUCUCAUAGGCCACGGGCCGGGCAUGACGUUCCACGUGGUCAACCUCAUAGUCAUGGUGCUCAUGCCGAUGGUGACGAUCCAAGUGAAGGGAUCUGGUUUUUCCAUGGUUGGAGCCAUGUACGUCUGCAUGCUGUACGCCAUACUCUUUCUCAAGCUGUGGUCCUACGUGCAAGUGAAUAUGUGGUGCCGAGCGGCCAAGAACAAUAAUCAAUCACAGGGACGACUUCGAAGGCAGUCGCUGAGCUACACCGAUCUUCACGCUUCGGAGGCAAAACAAAACGGCUGCGAGUCGGAUGAAACGAGACACGAGACAGACGGCGGCGACGGCAGCAUCAACACCAGCAGCAACAGCCUCGGCGGCGGCGGCAACAACAGCAGCAGCAGCACCGGCAAUUCUGCAGCCGCAACUGCUCCUCUAGUGCAAUAUCCGGACAACCUGAAUCUGUCCGACCUCUACUACUACAUUCUGGCGCCGACUCUGUGCUAUGAAUUAAAUUUUCCACGGACUCAAAGGAUACGCAAGAGGUUUUUAAUCAAACGCAUCCUGGAGGUCGUUGUGGGCUGUCAAGUCGUUAUGUCGCUGCUCCAGCAGUGGAUGGUGCCCUCGGUGAAGAAUUCCCUCAUACCCUUCAGCAAUAUGGACGUGGCCAAAGCCUCCGAGCGACUCCUCAAGCUUGCGAUACCCAACCAUUUGAUGUGGCUAUGCUUUUUUUACCUGACUUUCCACUCCUACUUGAAUUUAAUGGGCGAGCUAUUACACUUUGCCGAUCGUAAUUUCUACAGCGACUGGUGGAAUGCCAAUAAUAUCGAUACAUUCUGGAGGACUUGGAAUAUGCCGGUUCAUCGAUGGGCUCUCAGGCACUUGUACAUACCGAUAGUCGAGAUGGGCUACGCCAAGAAUACGGCCAGUAUUACGGUUUUCUUUAUCAGCGCUUUCUUCCACGAGUACCUUGUUAGCGUGCCGCUAAAGACCUUCAAGAUCUGGGCGUUCAUGGGUAUGAUGGGCCAGAUUCCACUAUCGGUACUGAGCAAGUUGGUCGAGAAGAACUGGGGCGCCAGAUGGGGCAACAUCGUCGUCUGGGCAAGUCUUAUUAUAGGCCAACCCCUUUGCAUCAUGAUGUACUAUCACGACUACGUGGUCACCCACUUUGGCGACGCUCUGCUCGAAGAUUACUCGGUCGUCUAGUGAGAGAGAGAGAGAUAGAAGAGAGAAGAGAGAACGAGAGAGAGCGAGCAAGCGAGAAAGAGAGUGGGAAGAGAGCAACUCCCGACGACGACGACGACACAAAAGAGGUGGAGGAGAAGAAUACUCAACCAAGAUGUUACUGCUCUUCUUCUAUUCCUUUAUACGGCAAUGUCAUCGUCUUCUUCUUCUUCUUCUUCUUCUUUUUUUCCUUUUCUUUCCGACAGGUAUUACCUUUAUUUGUUUUCUCCGCAUUAUGACCUGGUGCUGAAUAUACGACAAGUACAAGUUGGCUACUGUGUGCGACCUUUCUCUCUUUUUUAGACCCUUUCCUUUUUUCCCUUUUUCUUUUGUUACAUCGCUGCGAUCCUACAUUACUUUUAU